CGACCUUGUUCCCGGCACUCAUCCGGUGCCGAGACAUCGGUGUUCCCAUUGAAGACUUCCUUCUCCUCAUCGACCUCCUAAUUAUUUAGUAUACCACUACGUCUCGAUAACUUCCGCAUAUAUCUGCUUCCCGCUCACUCAUUCUGCCUUCUGUUUCGGAUAAUACUCUCUUAACCUGCCUACUACCUACGAAAUGGCAAAGUCGCCGAUUCCGCAAGAGAUCGUCUCGGCCGGUGCCGUUCCCAUCCUCACCGUCGAGAUGCACACGACCGGCGAGCCCACUCGAAUCAUCUAUUCGGGCUUUCCCGAGCCCAAGGGCUCGACCUUGCUGCAGAAACUAGCCGACGUUGAGGCCAACCACGACCACGUUCGCGGAAGGCUCAUGCUCGAACCGAGGGGCCACAAGGAAAUGUACGGCGCCCUUCUGGUCAACGAGACCGAGCUGACGGCCACGGGCGAGGCCGACAUUGGCGUGAUAUUCAUGCAUACAGCAGGGUACUCCCCCAUGUGCGGCCAUGCCACCAUCGCCGUGAGCCGGUUCCUCGUCGACUUUGAUCCCGAAACUUGCCCCGGUCUCUUCCCAAAACGCAACUUCCGGCUGGACGAGGAGACAAUGACUACGGCCCUCAAAUUGCACUGCCCCUGUGGUGUGGUCAACGUUACCGUGCCGGUGGUGAACGGACCGCACGGCAGGUUGCAGAGCGAUCCUAAGCGGCCGAUCUCCUUUAUCAACGUCGAUUCGUAUGCCACGGGCAUCGAUGUCGAGAUACCCCUUCCAGAACCAUACAGGUGGCCGGAGCUGGGUGCUCGAACAAGCCUGACGGCAGACAUCAGCUACGGUGGAGCCUUCUAUUGCCUCGUCGACGUGGAACAGCUCGGCUUCAAGGACGGGUUGAAGAGCACCGAUCUAGACGCCCUCAGCCGGGCUACGGCCAAGCUAAGAGAUGCUCUCAAGGCCGACCCACGGUACAAAGUCUACUUUCAGCACCCUACCGAACCAGAGCUGAGCUACCUCUACGGCGUGAUUGUCAGGGACCCCAAACGAGGUGUCCCCGCCGAGGGCGCUGAUGGUGCAGAGGUUGGGCUUUGCUUUUUCGGCGCCCAGCAAGUGGAUCGGUCACCCUGUGGCUCGGGCAGCGCUGCGAGGAGAGCAUUGGCACAUGCGAAGCACGGGUGGCCGCCCGAGAAGAAGUGGACGUAUCACUGCUUUCUCUCCGAUGCUUGCGGAGGCUUGGGCGGCUUCACUGCCUCCGUUGUUGGCAAGUCUGCCGACCAAGCCAACGAACCCCCUAGAGCGGGCGAGAGAGUGCGUAUCCGGGUCGAGGGUCAGGCUUUUUAUACCGGAUUUGCUACUUUCCUUGCCGAGGCGGUCGAUGGAAUCAGCGCCUCUGGGUUUGUGGCGUAGGCGAAGCUCCUAAUUUGAGCAAGUAGAGCCAGUUGAGACUUAGGCCAUCCUGGCCCUUGCUAAUGGUUGUCAAGAGGGUAAUCAGCAUUUACUCCUAGGCUUAGGGAACAGCCCCGAGAUGCCCAACGGCGCAACAAGGUAAUAUGCUAGCACUGCCACUCUGGUGCCCGACCUCCUCAACCAACAUGAUUGGCUUUCCAACCUGCAUCAUUUCGCGGAAAUGCAUAAAAGGAGCAUAGCAUGUUUGAUAAGCAUUCUCAACUACGUGCCACCUCUCGAGAGGGCAGGCUGAGUCGAGGGGCUGCGUUCGCUCGCCUUGCACCGCCGUUUUUCUCGCUUGUCUUCUU